GAUUUUUCUAACUGUCCGUUUUCUUGUACAGUUUGGUUGAUACUGCAGUAAAAACAUCUCGUAGUGGAUAUCUACAACGGUGCCUCAUAAAAAAUCUUGAGAGUCUGAAAGUUAGUUAUGAUUAUACUGUCCGUGAUGCAGAUGGUUCAAUAAUUCAGUUUUAUUACGGAGAAGAUGGCGUUGAUGUGCACUGCACAAGCUUUCUAAAAAAUUUCAAGGCUCUAGCAGAUAAUCAAGAAACUAUUUGCCGAAAAUUUCAGAACAAGCAAGAGUUCAAUUCUUAUAUUGAAAAGUUGCCAGAUUGUCUUGAAAGGGAAGCAAGGCACUUUAUUUGUGACGCAAGAAAAGAGACAGCAGAAGUACAGAAACUGACUGAAAUGGAGCACCUACUGAAAGGACGCAAGUCAAAAAAGAAGGAAAACCUAUUAGAAGAAAGGAAGGCAACAGAGAAGGCACAAAAUGAGUUUUUAGAAUUGGUUGAGCAAAAAUAUCUGUCAAGUCUAGCACAGUCAGGAGAACCAGUUGGUGUCAUUGCUGCUCAAUCCAUUGGUGAACCGUCAACACAGAUGACACUAAACACUUUCCAUCUUGCCGGCCGUGGGGAAAUGAAUGUUACCCUUGGUAUUCCUCGUCUGCAGGAGAUUUUGAUGACUGCAUCAGACACUAUCAAGACUCCCAUUUUAACAUGCCCAUUCAUACGAUACAGAUCUAAGCCUGAUGUUAUGUCUCUUAUUGCGCAUAUGAAGAAAGUAUGUAUAGCGGAUUUGGCAGAGAGCAUGGAAGUUGAACUCUCAAUUAAUGACCAGCAAGUGGCUAGAAUCUACAAGCUGAAAAUGAAAUUGAAAGCAACUGAAUUUGUGUCAUUAAAAGACCUACAUGCAACUCUCAGAUCCACGUUCUUAAGGGGAUUGGAGGAGGCAAUAGAAAAUCACGUGGUGUUCCUAUCCAGAAUUAGUGGAAUUAGAAAUUUCACGUUGAGUUCACCGUCAGAGACGUUAAAUGAAGCUGACAAUAAUUCUACAGUUGGAUCACUAGAAGAAGACAUGGACGAUGAUAUGGAUGCUGAUGGUGUUGAAAGGGGAGAGGAUCUAGGUUCAGAUGCACAAAAGAGAAAACAACAAUCUACGGACGAGAUGGAUUAUGAUGAUGGUUCUGAUUCCUCUGAAGAUGAACCUGAUGAAGGUGAGUUAUCUUCUGAACUUGAAGAACAAACUGAUCAAGAUCAUCUCGAGGAGGUUGAGAGUAGGAAGGAUGAGGAAACUGACUUAGAUGACGAUGAAGCUUCUAAUAUGCAAAAUGAUAAUGAAAUGAAGUCAGAGUCUAAAUCAAGUCGGGGUGGCGUCAAAUCAACGGCUAAAAAUAAAAGAUCAGGAGAAGAAUCUUCGGACAAGAAACCGCGCAGGGCAAUCUACAUUGCAGUUAGAGGAUUGCAUUUCGAAGUCCACUUUAAAUUUACAAUGGAACCUCAUUUGUUACUUGCUCAGAUUGCUCAGAAGACUGCAAAGAAAGUAUAUAUCAAGAGCUCCGGCAAGAUCAGUCAUUGUAAAAUGGUAAAAUAUGAUGCAGAUGAAAAAUCAGUUAUUUGGGACGACGAUAACAAGCCAAGAAAGUCCACUGUUAAGGAUUUGCAGACAAGCAACGAAGACCUUGAUUAUUGGGCAAUGAAGGCAUCAGGAGUCGAUUUCAAGUCAUUCUGGGAAAUGCAAGACGACCUCGAUAUGAGCCGUUUGUACUCCAACAAUAUUGAUGCUAUGUUGGAGACCUAUGGGGUAGAAGCUGCUCGAGCUACUAUCAUAAGAGAGGUGAAGCAAGUUUUUGAUAUUUACGGAGUAAAGAUUGACUAUCGACAUUUGAGUUUAAUCGCGGAUUACAUGACCCAUACGGGGGGUUACCGACCAAUGACCAGACACGGAAGCAUUGCUGAGUCAUUGUCACCGUUUCUUAAGAUGUCGUUCGAAACAGCCUCAAAGUUCAUUGUAGAAGCAGCUUCUCAUGGGAUGACCGACAACUUGGAGACACCAUCUUCUAGGAUUUGCGUUGGCUUGCCUGUAAAGAUGGGUACAGGUGGUUUUGACAUCAUGCAGGAAUUGGAAGUAUGAUGUAUAGUAAUUUAAGAAUUUUGUUACUACCAUUUGUUGUUGUUUCCACUGUUCGUGUUUGGUCUUUAUUCCUUCUCUCGUAAAUGUAAAACCUUUGGUGACAUCUAGCAAAAAGAAUGAAGAAUGCUUUUACUUCUCAUCA